UUCUUCAACAGUUUAUCUCGAGGUAGAAUAAGUGGAUAAGUAGAUGCUUCUCAUUUUCAUUCAUAGGAAAUACACUACAAAGUUCUCUGGAAAGGAGUUGGGGAAAAUAGGAAGCGAUAGCGAGAGGUGUGACUGCAUGUUAAAUACGAGGAGCUGUGAGCUGAAGGCGUGAACUCUGAGCGAGCAGCGCGCGAGCAUCACGUUCACUGGGAAUUACAAGAUACGCAAGGUGACGACUUCUACAGCCAUGUCGAACGCUGAAGAUUGCAGCCAUCAGAAUCAAACAGACAAAUUCAUUGAUUCAGAGUUUCGUUACACUCUCUUUCCUAUAUUCUAUGGCAUAGUCUUUGUCUUGGGGUUGCUGGCCAACUGCUAUGCUCUUUAUGUGUUGCACUAUAUGCGGGAGUCUAAAGCUAUGAAUGAGAUUCGGAUCUACAUGACCAACCUGACCGUUGCAGACCUGCUGUUCGUGUCCGCUCUACCUUUCUGGAUUGGCUACUACGUGAAUCACGGUAACUGGAUAUACUCGGGUGCCCUCUGCCGUAUCACAGGCACGUUUUUCUUCAUUAACACAUACUGCUCCAUUCUCUUCCUUACUGUCAUCAGCAUUAACCGUUACUGGGCUGUUACCAGGCCACUGGUGGCUGCCUCUUCUGACUGCUGGAAACGUGGAGCAACUGUCUCAGCACUCAUCUGGGUCGUCACUCUUGCGGCAUCGGUUAAAUACCUCAUUGAUCCGGGAAUCCAAAUUAAUAAAAUUGAAAACAAAAAUAUUUCUCGCUGUUUUGAGGGUUAUCAUUACGAGAAAUGCUCUGUAAAAAAUGCAGUGGCCAUCACCCACUUCAUCAUUAUUGUCUUGUUCUUUCUUGUUUUCGCAUUGGUGAUUGUAUGCAACAUCUUAAUCGCUCGAGCUCUUCUGUCCCAACCCAUCAGUCAGCCUCGAGCCAGCACGGGAAAGCGUUCUGGUGGCACCAAGCUUAGAGCUUUGAGGAUGCUGUGUGGUGUUGUGGGUGUCUUUGUGAUCUGUUUCCUGCCACAUCAUGUGGUGCAGGGUCCCUGGACUUUGUCUGUGCUGGGCCUGAAAAAUGAUUGGAGCAUGGAGACUCGCCAAAGCUUAAACGAUGCUCACCAGAUCACCCUCAUGCUUAUGGGGAUCAACUGCCUCCUGGACCCGUUGGUGUAUUGCUUCGCCACCACAAAGUUCCGCAAGUACAUCCAGGGUCAUUUCACAAGGGUCAAGAAUAACAAACACUGCUCGCGCAACACAUUAAGCACGGCUAUGUCACUGAAGAGCAGACAUCAGAGUGAAUUAUGAAUGCUGUCGAAGAGCAGAACACAUAUAACACAGUAACACACUGAUAAAUGUAUGGUGUUAAUUUUAAUCAGUUAGAGUCUUAUUCUGAAUCUUUCAUAUUUGAGCAGAAUUUAAUUUCAAUUCAAAAUUAUGUUCUGUUUGGAUUUUUAACGGGUUUCACCAAAAAAAUGAAAAUUCUGCUUAUGUCAUUCCGAACCUGUAU